AUGACCACUACGCGGCGUCUACAAGCGUGUCUACAGCGAUGGCACCUGCUCGGACGCUACCACGUCAACAAGUGGCAUUAUGACGGGUCCAAGUGGAUCGACCGGCUGUUGUAUGGAACGGGAAGCACAGGGAACGGGCCGCAGGUAGCGUCCGUGGCAUUCAUGAUUACGCGCAACAUGCGUCAGCAGCUCAUGGACGCUGGUUUCCCGGCCUCUGCCAUCGCGACGCUGCAGCCAGCCACAGCACAGCAGAUUAUUGCUAGUAAGGUCACAUUUGGGAAGUUUGAGGAGCUUCAGAAGCUGCGGCAGGUGGAGGAAGAAGGAGCGACAGCUAAGCUGGCGUUGAAGAAGGAGGCAGAACAGCAGGAGACUCGGCAGAACGAGCGAGUAGCGGUGGAAGGAAGGUUGGAAGAAGAGCAGCAACUGAAGCCGAAGCAGAAGGUGAAUUCUACUGUACUUGCGGUGAUGCAAGAGAAAGCUAUAGACGAUAAGAACAUAAAGGUAACGAAGGACUGA